CCGUCAGCCUGUGAUUUUCCAGUCUUUUGAAUGGAGCACGACCGGCCCUCACUUAUUAAUGUAAAACGCACGUAACACUGAAGCGAGACGGUUAAUCUUCUGCAAAGACUUGGUGGAUUUGGUCAGAGACCUCUGGCUGCUGCUGCCUGCUCUCAUUAUCACAAGGACUCGAUUCAAACCAACCUUUAUCCAAGAUGAUCUCUUUGUGAAGAGCCAUUAGUUUGAGUGGCAUCACAUAAGAUAGGCUGAAGACACUAACAGCUACUAAGCUGCAAAUAUUGAGUGAAUAUAAGAUGAUAAAACAUGUUUCAACUGGAUGACCUGCUGACCUUUGGACCUUCAGUCUAAAAGGAAUCAACUAGUCAUGGCUGAUACAGAAGAAGUCAUGGAGGAGGAAGUUCAGGAAGUGGAGGAAACCGAAGAGGAAGUGGAAGUGCCGCCUCCGUCAGAGGAAGAACCAGCCCCUGAGGAGGAAGAGCCUGUGGAAGUAGAAGAGGAGCCAGAACCUGAACCACAAGAAGCUCCAGUGGAGGAGGAGGUCGCAGAUGAGACAAAACCAAAGCCAAAAUUCAUGCCUAAUAUCACUGCUCCAAAGAUUCCCGAAGGAGAGAAGGUGGACUUUGAUGACAUCCACAGAAAGCGUCAGGAGAAGGAUUUAUCUGAGCUUCAGUCUCUGAUCGAGGCUCAUUUCAUCCAGAGGAAGAAGGAUGAAGAGGAGCUUAUUGCUCUGGUCAACAGAAUCGACAAGCGGCGCGCUGAGAGAGCCGAGCAGCAGAGAAUCCGUGCGGAAAAGGAGAGGGAGAGACAAGCCCGUCUGGCUGACGAAAAGGAGAGAAGAGAGCAAGAGGAACAGAGAAAGAAACAAGAUGAAGAUGCUAAGAAGAAGAAAGCGCUUACUAACAUGACACACCAGUACGGAGGAAUCCAGCAGAAGGGCGAGGGCCGCAAGGGGGCGAAGAAACAGACGGAGAGAGAGAAGAAGAAGAAGAUUCUGGCGGACAGGAGGAAGCCACUCAACAUCGAUCACCUGUCUGAAGAUAAACUGAAGGAGAAGGCCAAUGAGCUCUGGCAAUGGAUGAUGCAGCUGGAGGCUGAGAAGUUUGAUCUCGGCGAGAAGCUGAAGAGACAGAAAUAUGACAUGAAUGUUCUCCAGACCCGAAUCAAUGAACAACAAAAGUUUGCCAAAGGUCGUGGCAAGGGCAAAGUUGGUGGCAGGUUGAGGUAAACGUGCAGCGACUCGAGGGCCACAGAGAUCCAGAGGACUUUGUCUCUUUCACAUUUGCAUUUAUAGUCAUUAUAAAACCUUUGUUCUGUUUGACUGCACAUGUAGAGACAUAAAGUGACAUAUUUUAGCGAUGUCCUGUUUUAUUCCUGCAUUUUUGUCUUAGACACACAAGUAUUGUGUCAUUAAUUUGAUCCCUGCAACAUUAAAAGAGUCAAAUCCCCUA